AUGGAGAAGAAAACGUUAAAGAAGAUAUCAAUUCUACUGUUGCUCUGGAUGUUUUGGCCGUUGGUUUUCUUCUGUACUGCACAAUCCGAUGCACCUCGGGCACAAGCGAUCGUUCCGUUGAACCCCAAGAGAGUGUUCAAAGUAACCUAUCACUUAUUAAGUUGUGUAUAUGAUAAUAUCACUGGACCGUUUUUGCCAUCCAUACUGCAAUAUGGAUGGCAUAAGCUGUCUACAGAGCGAAAACCUAGUUCAGUGAGACGGAAUAUACGCUAUGGCACUCGUCCCCGCAAUCGUCUCGAUGUAUAUCUUCCUGAUAGAGUUUCGACUACUGUUCUCAAAAAUAGUCCCACGAUGCCUGUCCCUACAAAUACAACAAUGCAUACUCCGUCGACACAUGAGAAUCCGGUCAUUAUCCUUAUUAGCACGUCUUGGAGUGCCGGAAACAAGUCGACAUGCAUGCCCGUCGCCCAUAAUUUACAGAGUCAAGGAUAUGUUGUAGUCGUCCCUGAUAUAACUCUAUAUCCACGGGGUAAAAUCGCCGAAAUGGUUGCUGAUAUCCAGCAACAAUUCCACGGAGAUCCUUCUCAAAUAUACUUAUUGGGCCACGCAGCGGGCGCGUUGAUAUGCGCAUUAACCAUAGUUCAUGAUGUGUGUGCCAGCCUGGAUGUAUUACCUCCCAACACAACAGAAGUUAACCUUCCGAUAUGGGAUAAUGCAAUACGACGAACACCGAUGCCAAGAGUGCAAGGAUUGAUUCUGUUUUCUGGGAAUUAUGACGUGAUCUAUUACUACGCAUAUUUAUUUCAGAAAGGGCUUGAACAAGUUCACGCAAUGCCACGUGUAAUGGGAAAUUCAUCGGAAACAUUUCUUCAGUGUUCACCAACAUAUCUCCUUCAACAUGCUCUCGCACAAUCCACGAAACGAGAUCAGUUGAAGAUGCUAUUACCACGGAAAAUACUUUUGAUUCAUGGGGGUCAGGAUGCGUUCAACCCCCCAGUGGCGACUCGCACCUUCUUUGAUCUUUUAGUGUCGUCUGGCGUUCCUUCGGUCCAACUAAAACUGUACGAAAAUGAACGCCACAUCAGUCCUCGCAUCGACCUCAUCGUACCCACGAAACGUCUGUGCGCAAUACUCAUCGAGGAUAUUGCAGAAUGCUGCAAGGCUGCAACUGGGGCAGUGAUGAUGCGUGGCUGCUUAAAAGAAGACGACAACAAUCAAAGAAAGGUUGAUGGCAAAGAUAAUAUCGGUAUUAAACCGGUGCAAGAGGGAACUGGUAUUAGGGUACUUGGUUAA